AUGCGCACAACGCGCAGCUCUCGUCGUACGGCCUUCCGCGGCUCAACUGGCUCAUCAACAACGCGGUCGCUGGCGUUCUUGCCGUCUGCGGCUGCCGCCAGAUCCGCGCCGGCACGUUCCGCACGGCGCUGCUUUUGCUUGCGGCGCUUUUCGUCUACGACGUCUACUUUGUGUUUGGCUCGACCGCCAUGGAGGCCGUGGCGGCCGGCGUCGAUGCGCCGCUCCGGCUUGUCUUCCCGCAGCGGCCCGCCGCGUUGCUUUCGUGGGCCCAGGCGCAGCUGUGCACGUUCAAAGACUUGGAUGGGCCGGCCACCAUUCUCGGGCUUGGCGACAUCGUGGUGCCCAGCGUGCUUUCGUCGCUCUGUCUCCGGUACGACAUUGCCCAGUUCUACAGGCAGCGGGCGCCGCUUGCCUUCCAUCGUCUUCGCAGCGUGGGCACGCCAGUGUACUUUUGUGCCAGUGUAG